AUGACGUCGACAUCUCGCAAGUUCGUCAUCAAAGUGCCGUGCACGUCGUCCAACAUUGGUCCAGGGUUUGACGUCGUGGGACUUUCGCUGUCGCUCUACCUGACGUUGAAGGUGACAGUGGAUGCUUCGGGCAGCAACACGUCGCCGUUGCUGUCGUACACGGGGCUAGGCGCCGAGGAGGCGCCGUUGGAUGCGUACAAGAACCUGACGACGCGUACUGCGCUCUACGUCUUGCGAAGCAACGGUGUGCGUGCAUUUCCGAGGGGUGUAGAGAUCAAAGUUGACAACCAAAUACCGUUCGGGCGUGGACUUGGAUCUUCAGGAGCAGCGGUGGUGGCAGGAUUGCUGUUGGGAAACGAGCUGGGUGAGCUCAAGCUGCGCAAAGAUCGGUUGCUGGACCAUGCGCUCAUGAUCGAGCGCCAUCCGGACAACGUGACUGCUGCGCUCAUGGGCGGCUUCGUCGGCUCGUACCUGCUCGAACUCUCACCGGAAGAGGAAGAACGCCGUGACGUUCCACUGUCAGAAGUGAUCCCUGAAUACCCUGCAAAUGCAUCGUUCGAUUGGGGCACCGAUCCGCCUUCCCCACCCCACCAUAUCGGUCACUACAUCCGCUUUGGCUGGUCGCCACAGAUCAAGGUGAUCGCCAUCAUCCCCGACUUCCAAGUGUCCACCGCUUCCGCCCGCUCGGUCCUUCCCGAAUCCUACUCCAAAAAGGACCUCAUCUUCAACCUACAGCGUCUAGCCGUGCUCACUACUGCACUCACCCGAAGCCCGCCAGACGCGUUCCUCAUCUACCAAGCCAUGCAGGACAAAGUUCACCAACCGUACCGCAAGAACUUGAUCCCCGGUCUCCCAGACGUCUUGGCCAGCGUAACGCCCAAGACGCACCCAGGCCUUUUGGGUAUCUGCCUCAGUGGCGCAGGCCCCACCAUCUUGGCAUUGGCGACCGAGGGCGAGCAGAGAAUCGCCGACGAUGUCAUCAAGACCUUCAGGGACAAGGGCGGUAUCGAGAGGUGCGACGCCAAAUUCUUGAGUGUUACAGAAGACGGUGCUCAGGUGACCUACGAAUAA